AUUCAAUCGUUCAGUGGAUUGUAUCAUCGUGGAACAGAAAAUAAAGUAGAAGUGAGCCCAGGAAUAAAACUGGGAUGGAUCAAAGGCGUGACAAUUCCAUGUCUUCUAAGUACCUGGAGCGUGAUGAUUUUCUAUAAGAUGCCGUGGACUUUAGGACAAGCUGGAAUAUUGAUUUCAAUCAUUAUUAUUUUUCUUUCAAUGCUUAUCAUUCUAUUCACAAAUUUUUCAUUGUCUGUGAUCAGCACAAAUGGAAAAAUAAAAGGAGGAGGUCUAUAUUCCAUUGUUUCCCAAUCAGUUGGUCCGGAACUAGGAGUGGUAAUUGGUAUGCUAUUAGCAUUAGCUAACACUGUUUCUGCGAUGUUAAAUUCAUGGUUACUUGUAAUAAUUCUUGAAGAAAUUGAUGACACAAUAUUUACGAUACUAAUAGAUUACAUCAUAUUAUUACGAAUAGUAUUAAUAAUAUUUCUGAGUAUACUUUGUUAUAUAGUCAUGGAUAACGAAUCUAAAAUACAAUAUGCUCUGCUGAUAACGAUAAUUUUUGGUAUUUUUAACGUACUUAUUGGCUCAUGCAUUGGCCCAAAAAGUAAUUUAGAAAAGGCAUCAGGCUUCACUGGAUUCAAUAUGGCAACGUUAAAAAAAAACUGGUAUUCAGACUAUAGGAUUUUCAGACAUGAGCAGACAAAUUUUUUUACAGUUUUCGCAAUUUUUUUUCCAUGUCUAACUGGCAUUCACGCUGGAGUUAAAUAUUCAUCGGGAGAUCUUGAAGUUCCUAGUACUUCAAUACCAAAAGGAACAUUACUAUCAAUACUUAUUACUACAACUACGUAUAUAUUAUUAACAGUAAUACCUGGAUCGGUUCAAUUGAGAGAAGCUAGUGGAAAUGAAACCGAAUUACAUGAUGGUUCUUUUACAAAUUGUUCYUAUAGAAAUUGCUAUGGAGGAUUGAGCCACGAUGUAGACAUUUAA